AAAUGAUUCCGUCCAAAAACAAAGCAAGGCGUCAAAUAUACACCAGUAAAGACAAUGCCGAAAACGCAUUAGAAGAGCGUAAAGACGAAUCUUUACUGAAUUUGGCUAUGGGUGUUCAAAGUUAUCUAAGUGAACGUGCCCAUGCUGACUCUCCACUUCACAGUCUAGAAUGUAAACUGUAUGCCUACACAAGACAGGCAAUGAAAUAAUAAAAUUCAUUCCCUUUCUACUGGGAAAAUUUUCUCUUUAGAAUUACCCUUGAAACCAAUCAAAGCUUAUUUGUAUCACCUGAAAAUACACAACAAGUCUUGUGUGACGAUUUCUAUCUCCAUUUUAUAUUGUAUUUAGCCUCUUUUUUCCCGUC